AUGCUAUGUUUCUCAGGGUCCUCAAAUGAAGGGACGGCUUUGCUGCCAGGCCAGCGUUAUGGUGAAUCCUGCUGGAUUAUGGACGAUUGGGCGGUGCCAGAAACGCACCCAAACAGUCAUCCAGGCCUAUGCGCAACAAUCAGCUACGAGGAGCGCAGACUUGCGGCCUACUACUUUGCGGAGGAUCCAAGUGGGGCAGGACCGAGUCUGACCUCGAAGUCGUCUUUCCUCCUCAAACAGACAGCAAUGGUCAAAGUCAUCGUAGGACAAUGGCCGGAAUCAACGUGGAUAUUGCAUGAAGCUUUGUUAACCGCUGCCUCUCGAUUCAUGGCUGCCGCCUUGUUUUGGCCAUUCAAAGAGAAGGAAGAACGGACGAUCAGACUCCCUGACAUGGACAAGGACAUGUUUGAAUAUUUUGUUCAAUACCUCUACAAGGGACAGUUCAAUUGUCUGUCUUCGGACGAAGCUGUUCAGCUCUAUGUACUUGCCGAUCGUCUGCAAGCGCCAACCUUCCGCGACGAGGUUUUCGAAAAGCUGAUCACCCCCAGCAUGAUUACUUUGUCCCAAUUGGACUAUGUCAUGGACAACACCAUUCCCGGGGACCGUCUCCGCAAGCAAUGUCUUGCCUGGUUCUCGUAUCGGCAUGCAUCUUUCUACACUGGCGAAUCUCGCACUGAACUCAGCCUGGCCGAGGAACUGUUUCGAAAACACAAUUCUGAAAUACUAGCUUCAGGCCCGGGCGUGCAUCCAGGAUUGGCGUUGCGAUUCAAUGGAUCAGACUUCGACACAGAAGAGCCUAGCACGUCCCAAGAUCAUCCCGUCCGUCUACUCCUGGGCGGGAUUCUCUAG